CCCUCCCCCCGUGAAAACCCCAGCCAUGGAGUGGAGAAUUACAGUCUACUGUAACAGUCCCGUCUAACUUGCCUUUAUUUAGCUGAGGACCACACUACACCCUCCCCAACAGACCUCCUCCUGCCUCAGUCAGGAUGGUGCCCCCCCCUCCCACCAACCAGCCCCCUGUCUGCCUGUCCACCCUGCUGAUUAUGAGCAGUAUGGCCCUGAUCGAUGCCUAUCUGGUGGAACAGAACCACGGGCCCAGGAAGAUCGGUAUCUGUAUCAUGGUGAUGGUAGGUGACCUCUGCUUCCUCAUCGUGUUGCGGUACGUGGCGCUCUGGGUUGGGGCCGAGGUGCGAACCGCCAAGCGAGGCUACGCCAUGAUACUCUGGUUCCUCUAUAUCUUUGUCCUGGAGAUCAAGGUGUACUUUGUGUACCAGAACUACAAGGCUGACAGAAGGUCUCUGGAUGCUCUGGCCCGUAAGGCCCUGACCGUCCUCCUCUCGGUCUGUGUCCCAGUGCUGUUUAUAGGUCUAGUGGCAGUAGACCACAUGGAGUACGUACGGCCGUCCAAGAAGAAAGAGGAGCUCCGUAACAGAUUGUUCUGGGUGGUGGUGGACCUGCUAGAUAUCCUGGAUAUUCAGGCUAAUCUCUGGGAACCCCUGAAGAAAGGUCUCCCUCUCUGGGCUGAAGGACUGAUGUUCUUCUACUGUUACAUCCUGUUGCUAGUCCUUCCCUGUGUGUCUCUUAGUGAGAUCUCCAUGCAGGGCAUCAAUAUAGUCCCACACAAGAUGAUGCUAUAUCCCAUCCUCAGCCUGGUAACCAUUAAUAUUCUAACCCUAUUGAUCAGAGGCUGUAACCUGCUGCUGUACAGGGAUGCCCGGGUCAGUGGGAUCCUGAUAGGGAAGAAUGUGUUAGCCAUCAUACUAAAGACCUGUAGCUUUGUCCAGUACAGGAGGCAGUUACAGAACACUCCUCCUGCGUUCGGGUUGGAACUACAGACGAACUCUGUACCACAUCACCAUGGUAACCAUGGUCUUGGACGACCUGUUUCUAUAGUGAUGACCCCUCACCCGCAGGUGGUCCUCCCGGACCAGACAGCUCUGCCCCUCCCUCUGCCAGAGGUCACAACUACAUGUCAACAUACAGGACUCUGAGACCAGGAUCAUACCACGUAUGUAUGACCCUCAGGAUAUUAUACACAGGACACACAGGAACAUAUGACCAGAAUCUACAUGGAUGUACCAAUAUAAUGUAUGACCGUCAGGACUCUACAGGGCAAUGGUCAACAUCAUGUGAACAACCUUGUAUGGAUAUUAUCAAUGAUCAAAGGGACACAGGGGAUCCUUAUGCAGUAUAAAGCAGAGACAUGGAGAAUGUUUAUGAAGAACCUUGAUAGAAAGGAGAUUAUAAAACCAAUCUGAAUGUUUUUUAUCAUUGGAACACAGUGGACUCUUCUUAAGGAGAAUAUAGUGACAUGGACAACACCUUCUGGUGUAAAGAACAGUCUCUCUAGACUCUGUUAAUUAAAUACUUUCCCUUGUGGAUUCAAAUAACAUAAUCUCUAGAAUAUGUUAAUUAAAUACUUUCCGCUGUGGAUUCAAAUAACAGUAUCUCUACUCUGUUAAAGACAGCACCUUCUGGUGUAAAUAACAGUUUCUCUACUCUGUUAAAGACAACACCUUCUGGUGUAAAUAACAGUUUCUCUACUCUGUUAAAGACAGCACCUUCUGGUGUAAAUAACAGUUUCUCUACUCUGUUAAAGACAGCACCUUCUGGUGUAAAUAACAGUUUCUCUACUCUGUUAAAGACAGCACCUUCUGGUGUAAAGAACAGUUUCUCUACUCUGUUAAAGACAGCACCUUCUGGUGUAAAGAACAGUUUCUCUACUCUGUUAA